CACUUCGGCCCGUGGAGGGGGAAUAGCGCGUGGGAAAAGGCAAACGCGAUCACCUCCCCACCUCGAAACGGCAAAGCGGCUCCAGUUUAAAAGCGCGGAAGAGUUCCGGCCGUGAGGGAGUUAGGCGUUAUCGCCGGUCAGCAACUGUUAUUCUCCUCUGCGUGCGUAGGAACAGCCAGCGCGAGCGCCCUAUCCACACACCCCCCGGCCCCACGCCCUGUGGGUUGGGAGGGAUGGUGGAGGGAUGGAGGACUUUUUUCUUUAGCCAUGAGUCGUUCGUUGGGUCGUUGAUUCGUCCCUCGUUUCGCGAACGUUGACUCUUUCUCUCUCUCCUUCAUUCUCUUUUCUCCCCUUCGAUCCCCUCCCGUCGAAUUCGCCAAUCCGUGUCCGUUCGUUCGUUCCAUGGGAUAGAAAGCGCCGAUAUAUAUAGAGCGCCCUCGCGACAAUGGCAAUAGAAGAGAAGGAAUACAAAACGACCACCUCGGUGGAUCGAUCAACCGAGGCUGAGAUCGAAGAUGACGACGGCGACCAUUCAUCCAUCUCGUCCCUGUCGACGGACUCUCAAUCCUCAUCAGACGAGAUCCAGUCAAUCCACCAGUCGCUCAGUCGCAAUGCGGGUCUCGAAGAAGGGCUCGACAAGGGGGGUUUGGCGGCGAUCACGACGGUGACGACGAACAUGACGACCGACCCGCGCUUCGAGGUGGACUUCGAGGGCGCCGACAAUCCGCAGGAGUGGGACAUGAAGAGGAAGAGCGUCAUCAUCUUCUUCAUGUCGUUCUCGACGUUAGUCGUGGUCAUGUAUUCCACGAGCUACACGGCUGGUAUCCCGGGCAUGAUGAGGUCGUUUGGGAUCCACGAGAAGACGCCCGUCGUCCUGGGAGUGACUCUGUAUCUUUUUGGCCUCGCUCUCGGUUCAAUCGUGCUGGCGCCCUUGAGUGAAAUAUACGGCCGGAGACCCGUCUACCUGAUCGCCGUGUUCUGUUUCCUCGUUUUGAUAAUACCAUGCGCCCUGGCUAAGGACCUCGCCACCAUCCUCGUCGUGCGGUUCUUCGGCGCAAUCGCUGGAUCCGCAAUGAUAUCGAACGCCCCCGGUACCGUCAGUGAUAUCAUCCAGGAGGAAUGGAGGGCACUCGCUUUUUCAAUCUGGAGUAUAGGUCCGAUGAACGGCCCCGUUGUUGGGCCCAUCGUUGGUGGUUUCGUCUUCCAAUACAUGGGAUGGCGCUGGACAAACUGGGUCGUAAUGAUCGGGUCAGGAGUAGCAUGGGGCAUGGUCUGGCUCGUACCGGAGACGUACGCGCCCGCAAUCCUGCGCGCAAAGUCCGCAAAGAAGCGCAAGGAGACCGGCGAAGACCGCUGGUACUCCCGGUACGACGAGAAGAAAGCCUUCUGGCCUAUGCUGAAGGAGAACCUCAUCCGCCCAGUCGCCAUGGGCGUCAAGGAACCCAUCUGCAUCUUCUGGAACGUCUACAUCGCCCUCGUCUACGCCCUCCUCUACCUCUGCUUCGUCUCCUACCCGAUCGUCUUCUCCGAGCUCCGCGGCUGGAGCCCCGGGAUGACGGGCCUCGCGUACUGCGGCAUCGGCGUCGGGGGCGCCAUAACCGUCUGCUGCGAGCCCCUCAUACGCCGCUUCAUCAACUCGCACGCCCCGGACCCCUCAACCGGCAAGCCGCCCCCGGAAUCCAUGAUCUCCAUCGUCUGCAUCGCCGCGUUCCUCUGCCCGAUCGGCGAGAUGAUCUUCGCGUGGACAUGCACGCCCAACGUCCACUGGAUCGCGCCCAUCAUCGCGGGAAUCCCGUUCGGCGCGGGCAACAACGCGAUUUUCAUAUACGGCUCGAACUACCUGAUUCAUUCGUAUGGGAUAUACGCUGCGUCGGCGUUGGCGGGUAAUGCGGUGUUGAGGAGCGUUGUCGGCGGUGUGCUGCCGCUUGCUGGUCCCCAGAUGUACGCUACCUUGGGCCCCCACUGGUCCGGCACAAUGCUCAGCUUGAUCGAAUUCGCGAUCGUGCCCAUCCCGCUCGUGUUCUACCGCUACGGCCACAAGAUCCGCAGCAAGUCGGCGUUGAUCCGCCGUAUGCGCGAGGACAGGGAGAAGCUCGAGGCGAGGUUGAAGAAGGCGGCGGAGAGGGAGCAGAGGGCGAAGGCGAGGGAGGGGACGAUCGGAGGGGACGAGAAGAAGGAGAUGGAGGUUUGAUUGACUUGCUUACUGUUGUGUAAAAUCAUGGGGCAUUGUUUGGCGUUUGAGCGUUAUUGGAGAUACCAUUUUUUGCGGGUUAUGGGCUGGGUUGGUUGGGUGAGGGUUGGGUG